AGCUCUGAUUCAUUGUGCCUUGUUUCAUUUGUGAAACCGUUAUUCAAAAGAAACAUCAAUGUUUCUUCUCAUCUGCUUGGCGUUCGUCGGUCUGUGUGCGGGAGAAGGAAACUUUACCGAUAUCUUCGAACAGACUAUCGACACUAACAAGAACAAGAUUCUUGACCUCCCCGAAUUCCAGGCCCUCUUCGACCAGAACGAUCUGAACAAGGACGGCCAGGUGUCCUUGGCUGAAAACCUGAAGUCAACUGGAACCUCGGGGAAAGGAGCAACUGCCUUCUUCACCCUUCUCGACCCCAACAAAGACGGCGUUAUUCACAGACCAGAAUUGCCUGCCGUUCUUAGCAAAUUCGACGUCAAUGGCGAUGGCACGGUCACGGAGGAAGAGUUUAUCAAGCGCCAUGGAGAACUUUACAAUACGGCCCACGGUACCCUGACGUCCGUUGGUAAAUAGAUGUCAGUUUUAUGAAUAAAGAUGCUUCAACAACC